CGGGUGGCAGCGCACCUCCGCCCCGGUCGGCCCCGGUCCGCCCCGCCGUCCUCGCGCCACUGCCGGGCAGCGGCCUCCGGCCCCCUUGCGCGACUCCUGCCUAUCUCAGAAAUGCGGGUGCAAACCCGAGUGGCCGCUGGGCCCGGCGGGAAUCCCGGCGCCCCGGCCAGACCCCUGCCUCCCACGUCGCUGGUCUAUGCGGAAGAUCCCGGCGGCGGUGAUCAUGCAUGGCUCCGUGGAUGCCGGCUGGUGGAAGGGGUGGCCUUCUGCAGGGGUGACACUAGAACUGAGGCUUUGGGGAGGAGGAAGCCUUCAGUAGGUGGAAAAUAGGGAGUAGGGUAUCCACCUGCGGGGGAACAGAAAGGGCCAAAGCACAGAGACAGAAAGAGACGAACAUGCCCCUCUGGGCUGGGCUUCCUUCUUUUAAGGGGCACCUGCCCGCCCAGUAAACCCCCCCUCGGUAGGUUGCAGGGGGAAAGUUAGGAGCACAGACAUGGCUUCCGGAAACAGCAGCCGUAGCUUUGUUUCUAAACCCAAAGCAGUGAGACUGCUGAGCAUUUCAGACCUCAUGAGGAUGGGAUGGAGGCUGGCUGCUGGGAAAGAUAUUUUUGGACAGGAGGAAUGUGGAGAUGGCUCUUUCCCUCCUAGUGGAGGAAUGACAGGUGACAAAGGUGACCUGGUGUGGGAUUGUUCUGAGAAGGCCUGGGAAGGGGUGGCUGAAGUAUAAUAAGGACAUCAACAAGGGAGGGGGCUUCGGAAAAGGAAGGUGGAGAGGAACAACUUCUGCGGCAUCUCUGCUUGAAUCUGUCCCCCACCCCUGCAGUUCUCAGGGUCUCCCAGUGUCAUUCUGGAGGCCCUGGGUCAGUGUUUGGUGGUGGCAGAUGCUACAGAGGACUCUUUGCAACAGGCCUCUGAAUGGCAGUGGAGUGAUGGCAGAUGACAGCUCAGUGAACAAAGAAGUGGCCUUGGGCAUUGGUAGAUUUAGAGAAUCUCAACGUUGGUGCCAUGGCCCAUAAAUAGCCACUGCAGUGUCUUCUUACUGCUCUUAAAAUAAUAAUAAUUUUUUAGGCCAGGCAUGGGGGCUCAUGCCUGUAAUCCCAGCACUUGGGAGGCUGAGGUGUGUGAUCACCUGAGUUCGGGAGUUUGAGACCAGCCUGGCUAACGUGGUGAAACUCAGUCUCUACUAAAAGUAAAAAAUUAGUCAGGUGUAGUGGCAGACGCCUGUAAUCCCAGCUACUUGGGAGGCUGGGGCAGGAGACUCACUUGAACCAGGGAAGUGGAGGUUGCAGUGAGCCAAGAUCUCAUCACCUCACUCCAGCCUGGGCGACAGAGAGAGACUCUGUCUCAAUCAAUCAAUCAAUCAAUCAAUCAGUUUUUAAAAGAAAAUGGUUUGAGAUGUAUUUAGGAGUUUUCCAGGUUAAUGUACCGAAGGAAGGAAGGAACUCUUUCUCCCUGUAACAUACAUCCAUGAACAGCACGGGAGGCAUUUAGAAAAGUGUGGCCUAUAGAGGAAGCCUGGCCUCUGCUCUCUUAGGACCUGAAACUUUCUGGUACUUUGGGUAUUUGGAUAUUGCCCCUUGGCCAUAGAAAAUCCUGGGGACCCUGUGAAGUAUUUAUGUCUGGUCUUUGGAGUGUGGUAUUUGGGUGGCUGCUUUAGAGGGUAAGGUUUAUUCUGUUUUUUUUUUUUUUUUUUUUUUUUUUUUUUGAGAUGGAGUCUCAUUCUGUUGCCCAAGUUGGAAUGUAGUGGCGCAAUCCCGGCUCACUGCAACCUUCACCUCCCGGGUUCAACAUCAAAGAUGAUGAAGAAGAGACAGUCUUUCGAGAGGUGGUCAGUUUUUCCCCGGACCCCCUGCCAGUUAGAUAUUAUGACAAGGACACCACCAAACCUAUCAGCUUUUACUUGUCUUCGCUGGAGGAGCUCUUGGCGUGGAUGCCCCGCUUGGAGGAUGGCUUUAAUGUGGCCCUGGAGCCCCUGGCGUGUCGCCAGCCCCCUCUGAGCAGCCAGAGGCCCCGGACUUUGUUGUGUCAUGACAUGAUGGGCGGGUACCUGGACGACAGGUUCAUUCAGGGCUCGGUGGCACAGACUCCCUAUGCAUUCUACCACUGGCAGUGCAUCGACGUCUUUGUGUACUUCAGCCACCACACCGUCACCAUCCCCCCGGUGGGCUGGACCAAUGCUGCACACAGGCAUGGGGUCUGUGUGCUGGGGACUUUCAUCACGGAGUGGAAUGAAGGGGGAAGGCUCUGUGAAGCCUUCCUGGCCGGGAAUGAGCGCUCGUACCAGGCAGUGGCUGACCGGCUGGUCCAGAUCGCUCAGUUCUUUCGUUUCGAUGGCUGGCUGAUCAACAUCGAGAACUCUCUGAGUCUGGCCGCUGUGGGGAACACGCCUCCUUUCCUGCGGUACCUCACCACACAGCUGCACCAGCAGGUCCCAGGGGGCCUGGUGCUCUGGUAUGACAGUGUGGUGCAGAGUGGGCAGCUCAAAUGGCAAGACGAACUCAACCAGCAGAACAGGGUCUUCUUUGAUUCCUGCGACGGCUUCUUCACUAACUAUAACUGGCGGGAGGAACAUUUGGAGCGGAUGCUGGGGCAGGCUGGGGAGCGCCGGGCUGAUGUGUACGUGGGCGUGGAUGUGUUUGCUCGGGGGAACGUGGUCGGAGGCCGAUUUGACACAGACAAGUCGUUGGAGCUGAUCCGAAAGCAUGGCUUCUCCGUGGCUUUGUUUGCCCCCGGCUGGGUGUAUGAGUGUCUGGAGAAGAAGGAUUUCUUCCAGAACCAGGACAAGUUCUGGGGCCGGCUGGAGCGUUAUCUGCCCACACAUAGCAUCUGCUCCUUGCCUUUCGUCACGUCCUUCUGCCUGGGCAUGGGUGCACGGAGGGUCUGCUAUGGCCAGGAGGAGGCAGUGGGGCCCUGGUACCACCUAAGCGCCCAGGAGAUCCAGCCCUUGUUUGGAGAACACAGGCUGGGAGGGGAUGGCCGGGGCUGGGUGAGGACGCACUGCUGCCUGGAGGAUGCCUGGCACGGAGGCAGCUCCCUGCUUGUCCGGGGUGUGAUCCCACCGGAGGUUGGAAAUGUGGCUGUGAGGUUAUUUUCCCUGCAGGCCCCAGUGCCACCCAAGAUUUACCUGUCCAUGGUGUAUAAGCUUGAGGGGCCCACGGACGUCACAGUUGCUUUGGAGCUGACCACAGGGGAUGCCGGCAGCUGCCACAUCGGUGGCAUCUCAGUGUUGAACGCAGAAACAAGCUCAAGACACAGCCUCCGACCCCUCCGGGUGCCCCCCACAAAGCUGGCCAGAUGGGUGGGCCGCUGCGGCCGGCAGCUGAGUGGGGGCUGGGUCCAGCACUGCUACGAGGUGAGCCUGCGUGGGUGCCUGCUGCUAGACCUGCUCGUUUGCUUCUCACGGCCACCAGGUAGUCGGGAGGAGGAGAGCUUCACCUGUCGGCUUGGAGAGAUCCAGGUGGUGGAUGCUGCCAGCCUGCUGGCCCCUCUGCCCCAGGUGCAGGCCGUCACCAUCUCUCACGUCCGCUGGCAGCCAUCUGCCUCUGAGCGGGAGGGCCCCCCUGCUCUGCUCCAGCUCAGCUGCACCCUGCACUGGUCCUUCCUCCUGUCACAAGUCCGUUGCUUCCGAAUCCACUGCUGGGGAGGUACGCAUGAUGACUCUCCGGGCAGGGAGCUGCCAAGGCCAGAGAUGCCCAUGUUCCUGGGGUUGGCUUUUGCCACCCAGUACCGGAUAGUGGACCUGCUGGUGGAAGCCGCCGGGCCUGGCCAGGAUCGUCGCAUGGAGUUUCUGGUGGAGCCUAUCCCCAAGGAAGGGUUCCGGGUACCUCAGGCCGAAUGGGGCAGGGCAGUUCUGCUUUAUUCAGCCCCCGCAUGAGCGGAUGCUAAGGCCGGAUGAUCUCCCGGCCUCGGGCUGAGGCCUCUUCCCGGCUGUCUGCCCCUUGCCUGUGCUGGACCUGCUAAGUGCCCGCAGUGGCAGCGAGGUCCCGGUCCUGCGGCUGGGGCGGGAGACCCCGGGCUGAGUGCUGUGGCUUUCUGGUGGGGGGCGACGGAAACAGGAAACCAAGCAGUGGGAUCACAGCGUUGGUCACUGCAAGGCGAGUGGCGGGCCUUCUGUUUCUGCCUUGUCCCUUCCCACGGUACAUUGUUCCCAGGUGAAAAUGAAAGGAGGGGAGGAAGUUGAGAACAGAAAAUUCCAUAAAGGAUAUUUCCUAAUAGGCUGCAAGAUGCUGAUGCUGAGAAUGAUGAUUUUCUUUCCUGUAGAUGAAACUAUUAGAAAGGCUCUUAGAUUGUGGCACGUAGGCAUUGGAGCAGGUGCCGAGAUGUUUCUGAGCAUGAGGACGAGCUACAGCAGCUCCUGGGGUGGGGCUGCCUGCAGGAUGGUGGGAGAGGAUGCCCUGGAGGACCCUCCUCCCAGUGUGAAAGGCCCUUUUCCCUCAGGAGUGGGCAUUCUGGGCCAGCCGGCGCCGGCUUCGUGCCUCCACGUGGGCCAGCCCCAGCUGCUCCGUGUUUCCUGGCGUUGGCAAUUUACUGUGCUGCUGAGUGUGAGGUCAUCUCCGGAGCGUUUUCGGCAGCCCCUGGCUCUGCUGCUUUUUUUGCGGGCUGUGGGCCUGCAGGGAAGUGGCUCCGAGGCAGUCUGCGCUGUGGCCCUGCCUCUGCCCAGUGAGAGGCCGUGGGCUCUGGACAAGCCGCCCUUCAGGCUUGGGUAGCAGUCAGUCCAGGCAGGAAGCAGCACCUGCCCCCCACGCCAGCCCAGCCCCAGCCUGAGUGCAGGAGCUGUAGGACCCGUGGGGGCUUUUCCAGCUACUGUGUUCCUUCACGUCCUCCCUUCUCAGCCUCGUCCAAGCACCGGGAAGACCUCCAGGCUUACCCCUUGAGCAGGAGUCAGCACAGGUGCGUGGGGGCUUGAGGGAGGCAGGGUCUUCACCACAGGCGCCUUCCUCUGUCCUUCCUGCACUUUCUUCUCACCGCCGCCUCCCCUCUGCCCAGGUCUCUGCAGCUGCACAGCCUCGGCUACACCUGGGCUGCCUGGGAGGCUUCCCGGUGUGGUGUCUGGACCCCAUGGCCUUGGGUCAUCCUGCGGCUGGUCUAGGUGGGGUCUAUUGUGGUCCUUCCAAUGGCCUGAAGUCCCUUGCUUUUGGGGGGGGUCUCUCACCCACAGGCCACACAGGGCUAGUGGUAGGGGUUCCCUCUAUGUCGGGCAGUGCUGAGGGCUGGGAUGCUCUGUGACCCCAGCUGGAGCCCACACCUAAGGGCUGGCAUCCACAUCGUUUCACCCUGCAGUGAGGGGAGAGGCCACCAGGUGGCAGCACAGCCACACCCGUUCCCAUGUCCAGAGGAGGGCAAGGCUGGGUGCUCAGCGCCACUCUGAGCCGAGGCUCCUUCCAGGGGCUGAAAUCCACCUUUCUCCGUCUUCCUUUCCUGCCUGGGUACUCAUACCAAGCAGAGACUGGGAUUAGGGGUUCUGUGCUCUGGCCUAAUUGGGAACAUUCUUCCAUGUCUCUUGUGUGGUCCCAGAAGUGUUUGUCAAGGAUAUGGGGCAGGAGGUUCCCUCUGCUGACCCCCUGCAGCCUGGAGCCACCCCAGGGACUGUCCUGGGUGGAGGGCAGGUGAACACAAGCUGCCACCACCUGGAGCCACUCACUCGACUUUUUUUCAGCUGUGACCGUUCUCGGGAGCUCUUUGAGCCUUUCUGUCUCGUUUGGAACCGGGGGAACAAGGAAGGGGCUCCUGGCCUCUGUGUCCUCUGCAGUGGGGGUUGUUGGGGGACGCAGCAUCCACGCCUUGCUGCCCUUCUUUCAUGAAGUCUAUUUUUUAAGUGCUGGUUCCCCCGAAUAUUUUAUGCAGAGGAGGGAAAAUUUAUAGUGGCAAUUAUUUUCUCACAGUCUGGUGAGCAGGCAAUUAGGAGUAAGGGGGCCUGGUAGAGCGUGGCGUGUGGCAGAAUCGCACCGCUCCGGCUCCCCAGCCCCACCGCCACGCAGGGCUCGCGUGCGGGAAAAUUAAUAUGCCGGUGUUUAAGCCUGUGCCCCUCUGCUGGGUGUAACUGCUCUGAAAUAAAUGAUCUGACAUUGUGAAAAGUA